AUGACUAGCACAAGCAGGGAAGAAGCGAAUGUUCUGAUCCAAGAACUGGCGACCGAGAAUGGUUGGCUUUCAGCCGAAGAUCGCGAAUAUCUUCGAGUGAAUCGCCCACAUAUCAUCAAAAGCGUUGACGGAGCUCGACGGUUGGCUUGUGCAAGCACAGAGGCACUGUCCCGUAAUUUGUACUCGAAGGAUACCCGCUUCGUGUACGAAUUGAUCCAAAACGUGGAAGACAACAAGUACUCUAUCGCCGAUGGAAACAAGGAGCGUCCUCAUCUCUCAUUCAUUGUUUCAGCCAAGAGUAUUAUAAUCGACUCCAAUGAGGAUGGAUUCUCCGAGGCCAAUACCCGGGCAAUCUGUAAGGUAGGAGAAAGCACCAAGUCGGGAAUCGAAGGCUAUGUUGGAGAGAAAGGCAUUGGAUUCAAAUCUGUCUUCAAAGUUGCCCGCAAGGUUCACGUCCAGUCGGAACCAUAUUCGUUUGCAUUCGAGUACAAUCGUGGAUUACCAGACUCUGGGCUUGGAAUGGUCACACCCCUCGUGGAACCUCCCCGUCGGCUGCCGUUGGGUUUUCGGACCCGUAUCAUUCUUGAACUGAAUGAUAGGGUCGACAAGGACGCCCUGCUUCGCGAACUUGAGAAGGAUGUCCGAAAGGUGUACGAAUUGUCGACCGAGAAUAAUAGAGCUCGUAUCGCUCGAACCAUCGAAAAUGACACUGUCAAUCUCAACUUCUGGAUCGCGAGCAAAUCAAUUACUGAUAUGCCUGAGGAAGAAGCAAGAACAGGUAUCACGACAGCAGAUGUGCUUUUGGCCUUUCCUCUCAAUCAGGAUGACGUUCCAACUGUUGAGGAGCAGCAUAUAUUCGCCUUUCUUCCUCUCCGGAAGGUUGGUUUCAAGUUUCUCAUCCAGUCCGACUUCAUAACUCAGGCCAGCCGCGAAGAUGUUUCCAAUUGCCCUUGGAACCGACGAAUUCUGGACGAAAUUGUCAAUCUUUUCUUGGCAGAUACUAUCUCUGGAUUCUUGGAUCAACCGACCUUGAAAUAUUCAUGGCUCCGCUAUCUGACAACGAAUGGGGUGCCCGAUGAGUUUUGGGGCACACUUCAAAAUCGGCUAUUCUCCCAGCUCAUGAAUCACAAUUGUUUCAUUCCAUUGGGGGACCGCGGUACCACAAUUGCUAGAUCAUUAAGACUUGUUCCGACUUCUUUAAGAGACGUUGAAAACCGACCUCUGCUGCCCGAAUGCGACUGUACUACACCUCACCUUCAUAGUCGCUACGUCUCAAGUAGGUACGACGCCACUCUUGACAUUCCAAUCCUCCGAAAACUCGGCCUCGAAACAUUGUCCACUGCAAAAUUCAUUGGGCUCUUGCGUUGUGACUUGAAACCCAACGGCUACUCUCGGCUGCGAACGACGCCAGUGGAAUCACGAUGGCAUACAUACCUCUCUAGGUCCUUGCUUCGAGCAGUAGCCACUUCAGAACAAUUUGCAAUCGGUAUUAAGAAGCUGCCACUAGUGCCACUUCUCGAGGAUGAGCGAUGGGUUCCACCAUUUAAUGCAUCGAUCUAUUUCCCAAACUGCCGAGGGAUCGAUAUUCCGCGGGAUCUUCCCCUGAGUCUAGUUGAUCCACGGGCACUUGUCAAUGACGAAAGAACAAAGCUAUUUCGAGAACUCGGAGUGUCGGAAUGUGAUCCCGAGCGAAUCUUUCCAUUGCUAGAACAGGCCUGCAGAAAGGAUGACUGGACGAUGGACAAAGCUCUCGACCAUCUCAAGUUUGUAUUCUGGAACCAUGCCGAUCUACCAUCUCGGGGACAGAGAAUUUCUCUUAUGGUUGUGAGCACAGUUUUUUCGAAACUAGUCCCUGAUUCGUCGACCGGGUGGUUGUACAGCCCAAGCAGCGCAGACUCUUGCGGCGCAGCCAAUGUCAUCGGCUGUCCAGUUCCGAAGCAGCUAGAGGGAAAGAUGCUGUUUUUACAUCCACGCUACUAUGAAGUGUUUGGAGCUUGCGAACGAAGAUAUGACAAGACUGGCAUCGAAUGGCUCGAAGAAUUCGUCCAGGUCAGGUCCAUACCAGAGCCCAGGAAUAAAGCUGGAACAGCAAUUUCUGAAGAGUCCAAAUACCUGGCAACUCAGAAAGCACAUUCGAUUGCUCUCGGAGUUCUCAAGCGGCAAUGGUCUCAUGUUGACCUCGACAUCCAAUGGAAAGCAGAUUUCCAGAAGCUGGCCCGAGUACCGAUACUCCAUUCAGAUGAUAUCUCACCAUUGAGCUCAACAUAUCUUCCACUCCCAAAAUUGAAAGCUAUCGUUGAUCGACUGAGCUUCAGAGCAGUUUUAGAUUCAUCAAGGAGCUUGAUGGAAUGGAGGAUGACGACGUGUUUCUGCUCGACACCAAGUCACAAAACCAUUCUCAGGAAAGAUACAUGGUACCCCCCGAGUUCCUGUCGGUGGAAUACUCCGACUUGGUACCGUCAUCAUCCCACCCUUGCUCGACUACCUGGAUACGACUCCCUUAAGACAUUUUUCGUCGAUGAUCUUUCAGUUCCGACUGAACCGGGAGUGGACGAUUACUUGAGUUACAUUGCAUACUUAACAAAGCCAAGCGUUGUAGCAAGAAGAGACGAAAUCCUCAAACUUCUCUACGAUAAUCUCCACUCGGAGAUUCGAGGGGACAAUUCUUGGAAGGAAGCUGUCAAAAAUCGUUUCGAAUCUGAUAAGCUUGUCUACAACUUCCAGGACCAGACAUGGCACAGUCCAUCAACUUGCGUCUGGGCCAACGACACUGCGCGCCUACCCCAGAAAUUCUCUGUUGCAACGGAGUACUUCGCGCAGAAACCUUUCUUCCGGGCGGUCCUUGGGAUUGAAGAGCCGAAGCUUCCUCUGUACAUCCAAUCAUUGAAGCAGGAAGCAUCUGAAUCGCCGAGCAGCGAUUCAAUCAAGCAACUUAUCAGGAACAUUUGUCAGUUCGGUCCUACUGCGAGCGAUCUAACAAUUCUCUUCGACAGCAAAUGCUUCCCCGUUCGCCUCCCGGAUGGAACACUGGCUUGGAUGAAUGGCAAGGAGGACUUUGCUAUCGUUGAUCGGCAGGAAUACGAAACUCUCUUCCGGGGACAGCUCAAAACGUUGGAUUUCUCCAAGGAGGAAGUCCACGAAAUGGAGGUCUUUCUCAUCGGGCUAGGUCUCCAGAAGCGAUACCUUUCCGGCACAGUCGCAGCUGAGACGACGGCAUCUAGAAGCUCGAUCGAUCACUCAAUGACCACCGAGUUGAGAAGAAAGGCAUAUGCGAUUUGCCGGUAUGCUGCUCAUGCGAGAUGCACUGCGGUUUGCGACGACCCAGUCGAAUGUUUCGAGAAGCUUCAGAACAUAACUGUCCUGCUAGAUGGCAGACCAGUCACUAUGGUUUCCGGGAAGGCAUACUGCCACCUGGAAGACGUAGACAACGAGGUUUGCAAUGUUGAAAGCAACGAAAGAGAUGAUCCUGAGGAUUCAGCUGGUCUGAAAGUAUAUAUCCCAAGGGACCCCCGGCUUCAACAUCGAUGCCUUCUGACUCACCUGCCGCAAGCUAUUCUCAGUCACUUCGGCGCCCCGAACAGCUCUGUUGGAGAAUUGGGCAGCAUAUUCUCAGCCCACGGGCUUGCAGACGUUGACGAAAUUCUAGAAAACGCUGGGGUUAUUUCCGUGGCUUGUGUCAAUCGACCUGAAGAUGUAGAGUUGAAUUCGUCUGAACCGGAAGAAGACGACGAUCCAAUGUUCCAGUUAUCAGAUGACACUGGAGAGGCUGAACCGGUUACACCGCCUCGACCUACAUUCCUGGAGCAGGCACAAUUUACCUUCCGCCCGUCCAGUUCAAGAUCCAGCCACUUCAUUUCUCAAAGGAACUCUGGGCUUUCGCCAAGUUCGAACUUAACUCCCGCGACGUUAGUCUUCAGUACACCAGGUACUCAAGAAGAUCCUGCUCGCUACACGAUGCUUCUCGAAGUGGCGGUCGACAGCGCUCGGCGCGGUCCGCAAUUUCCGCGCGUUGGUGAAACUUCCGCUGUAUCUCUUGAGCCUUGCCUUUCAAAGUUCGAGGUUGAUGUGGCGGUGACUGGUGCCCAGAGAGACUUCAAAGUUGGAGCAGCUGGAGAACUCUUUAUGUUUGAAUGGUUGAAGAGUCUCCAAUUACCGAACUUCGGCCUUGAGAGUUGGCAGUCUAGGAUUCGAAAUCUCGUUCGGUCACAUUAUGAUUACACGGCGCUGACGAAUUGGUCAUUACCUGAGACUUCAGACAUCGUUUACGAAGACUACAAGAGCAAACUUACCGGCCUUCUGAUCGCCAAUGGCUAUCUCCGGUCUGAUAUCUGGGCAAGGGAGCAACCAAAGUACCAUAUUGAGGUGAAAGCCUCCACGGGCCGCCUCACCACACCGUUCUACGUGAGCCGCAACCAGUACGACCUCAUGAUGGACACCACACUACCCACAGAUUCGGCUUCGGGCAGAGUAUACAUCCUCGCGAGAGUGUUCAAUCUCGGCCAGUCGGAUAUGAGGCUGAAGUUGUAUCUUGACCCGAACCGGUUGGAGCGUGAAGCCAGGCUGAGGUUCAGAUCGGAUAAGUAUGAGGUGACGGAAGCAGCAGAAUUUUGA